ACAUUGUUUUGAAAUAGUAACUAGGGUUUGUUCAGAGUGAAAUAUAAUUUCAGGGUUUCCAUAUUUAGAUCAUAUUUCUUCCUUUGGAAAAAAAGAAGUGAAGUUUUUUUUUUUUUUUUUUUUUUUUGUGUGAAGUGUGAAGAUGGGAAGAGGGAAAGUUGAAUUAAGAAAAAUAGAAAAUAAAAUAAAUAGACAAGUAACUUUCUCAAAGAGAAGAGGUGGAUUAGUGAAAAAAGCUCAUGAAAUUUCAGUUCUUUGUGAUGCUGAAGUUGCUUUAAUUGUUUUCUCUCAAAAGGGAAAGAUCUUUGAGUAUUCUUCUGAUUCUUGUAUGGAACAGAUUCUUGAACGAUAUGAGAGAUACUCAUAUGCAGAGAGACGUUUGCUUGCAACCAAUUCUGAAUCACCGGUGCAGGAAAACUGGAGCUUGGAAUAUACUAAACUCAAGGCUAGGAUUGAUCUCUUGCAAAGGAACCACAAGCAUUAUAUGGGAGAAGAUCUUGAUUCAAUGAACUUGAAGGACUUGCAAAACUUGGAACAACAGCUUGAUUCUGCUCUUAAGCUUAUUCGAUCGAGAAAGAACCAACUCAUGCAUGAAUCAAUUUCUGAACUGCAGAAAAAGGAAAGGGCAAUCCAAGAGGAGAAUAACAUACUUGCCAAGAAGAUCAAAGAGAAGGAUAAGAUAGUAGUGCAGCAAGGUGAAUGGCACCAGCAAAAUCAAGUACCUGCUUCAACAUCUUUCCUCUUACAACCACAUCCAUGCCUGAAUAUGGGAGGUAAUUACCAACAGCAAGCAGCAGAUGCAAGGAGGAAUGAGCUUGACCUAAAUCUUGAUUUAUUAUAUCCACUUUACCACAUGAAUAAACACCUAUGAAUUUCACUCUUGCUGGUGUUCAAGCUCAUUAUUAAGCUUUAUGUGGAGGAAAAUAUCUAUGAGAUGUUAAUUAAUCUUUGCUUUGGAAGCUAUUAAUGUAUUGAGUAUCUUUAUAUUUGAGCAUGCAUGCAUGUAUAGAACCUUAUUAUUGUAUUUGUAUUAAUGUUGAAGUGUGUUAAUUCCUUAACCAUUGUAAAUGGAAGGGGUAAAGUGGUCCGUAUGCCUACUUUACCUACUUGAUGAAUUAAAGGGAAUGAACAACGUUUUAUUUCCUCAUUUAUGGUUUGAA